GGUCGCAAGUUCGCAACUAUUUUCGAAAAAUCAACUUACAGCUAUUUCAAUACCCUAUUGUAUGUCCGAUAUAAAUGGUGUUCGGAUUAUGUAAUAUGCCAUUGUCAUGUUCGCAUUUUUCAAUGAGUGACGCACAAGGCAACAGUUACUAUCGUGAAAGUUAAGUUCAAGUUCAACAAGAUAAUACAAACUGAGAGGACUUUUGAUCAAUAAUGACGAUGAUAACGACGUUGAUGAUGACGUUAUCGUAGCAAAGAUUAUGUCCAUUUACCUGGCAGGAAUUAAUUCCUUGAAACGCUAGAGCGCGGUAAUGGCAGCACACAGCUAAAGCCAGGGUAAUAAUUUCCAAAUUUGUGAAGGCGCCUUGAGUAUCCAAUUGGGUGGAUACGUGCGCAUUAGUGUUUCUUUUAUUAUUAUUAUUAUACUGAAUUUCCUUUUCUUUUUUUCUCUGAUCAGGCUUACGAUGUUGGAUGGAUGCAAAUUACCUACUUCGGCGGGCGGCACCCUGAUAAUUGCACUCUUAUGUGCAUUCUGCAUGGCUAUAAUCUUAACAUCUCAAAGUACACUGAAUGUUUUACCAGGUAAUGUCUUUAAGCCGAGUACAGAGAUACGUUCCAGCGUGAAGAAAAACAUCGUCUUCAAUCCACCCGAGCCGAGGUCGUUUGAGGAAGCCAUCGAUUACGCAAACAUGAUGGUCGAACAGAAACGACGACGGGCACUAAUCGAAGAGGCAUGCACAGCUGCUAAUAUGUCCCGCCAAAUCGAUCUAGACCAUAAAGGCAGUGUCUUUAAGAGCGUGGGGCAUCUUCUGGUUGAUGACAAGUAUAAGGUCCUCUUCGGUUUCAUUCCAAAGGUCGGAUGUACCACGUGGAAGGGUAUCAUUGGAAAGCUACAUAGGAAACAUAAAAACGAUUUAGCAAAAAUAAGCACUUUGAGGAAUUUCGGCGACAAUCAUACUGAAAUUUACUACCGCCUACAGAAUUACAGGAAAGUCUUAUUUGUUCGAGAGCCAAUUACCCGAAUGUUGUCUGGCUACCUUAGUAAGUUAAGGAAUUUAAAAAAUCUCCAGAGGACUUGGGAACAAUUUAUCGGAAAAUCAAUCGUGAAAAGGUACCGAGGAUAUAACCAUGUAGAAAGAUAUGAAGAUGAAAUAAUCAAACCGUGGAUGAAUAUCACCUUGUCAGAAUACAUUCAAUAUAUUACGGACAUCGGAAGCAAUAUCCACAUGGGUGAACUCAAUGACCAUUGGCUUCCUCUUCACGUGGUGUCAAACCCUUGUCAAAUCCACUAUGACUUUAUCGGUCACUAUGAGAACAUGGCAGUCGAAGGACCCUUUGUUCUCAGGUGGCUUGGGGUAAAUAACCUGAUAUCAUUCCCCCCAGUGCAUGAGUCACACGCUUCUAACGCACUGAUCAGAGAAUAUUCAGAAAUAUCCCUCAGUUUUCUUAAAAGAAUAUCGACAUACUAUUCGUUUGAUUACAAAGCAUUCGGAUAUCAUAUCAAUGAAACACUAUCGAUUUUGAUGAAAGGUAUAUUCGAUGAGAAAGAAGAUGACUAGUACAUGGAUCCUAAAUAAAAAAUAAAAAUCA